AACAAAUAAUGUUUCCCGCUAUCAUCGCGAAGAAUGCGGAUAUACGUAAUUCCACAAACGAUCGACGGUCUGUAUUUAGUUAUAAACUUAUAAACCGCAGUAACGCUAAUUGUAUACUGCAGCGUUUAAUGUAAUCUAUUCGAGUAGCUAUAAGCUAAGGGGUUGCAGACUCAUUCAAUUUGCCGAUCAAAAUAGACUCCGCCUGUCUCUGCAACGAAAUGCAAAGCCGAUUUCGUGGAUUAACGAAACAUGAAAAGAAUUUCCAUUUUUCGAAAAAAUAACAUUCCCUCGUGUGUGCUAUCCGAUACAGGUAUCAUUCGACACCGGGGGAAAUAAUCUGUUGGAACAAUCGAAGCAUUGUUAUCCCGUAACAAAGGGGAUGAAAAAGACAUUUCAAAUCUGACGAUGAAAAAGUUGAGCAAAUAAUAUUUCCCUGAAUGCGAUUUUUGGUUUUCUGAUAUUGUUUUGUCGCUCGUUCGUCAAAAUAAUUCUGCGUUUUUGAGAGUUGAAGUAUUGGAAGAUUAAUCGUUAGCCGGGUAUAAAUUGAUCACAGUCUAUUUCAAUUAUACCGAAGAUCCUGAAAACCGAUUCAUCGGUCUCGGUUUUCCUUCGACCCUCAAAUAGGAUCCAUUUUUAUUUCUCCAUAUGUGCGAAUUUAUAAAUGAGGCGUGUUUUAUGGAAAUGAAAAUAUAGAAAUCUGAGCAGGUUCCUUCUCGAGCUUUAGCACCCUACCGAUGAUAUUCAGGAUCUCCAACGUGGAAGUUUAGUUUUUGCCUCAGAGCGCGGGCGCGUGGUUUUGAUACGCAGACUCGGUUAAAACGUCGAUAAUCACCAGCUUUUGCUCUGGUCCUUGCGAAAGCUCGGAGCAAAACACAGAGGAAAUAUACUCAGGAUUCUCAUCGGAAUUGUCGAUAGUUCGUUUAUUUAUUUCUCAUAGAUUCCGGAACACGAGACCGAGUCCUCGAAACUGCUGAGAUGUUGUUGCCGAUACUGUUGGGGGUGAUCGUUGACUUUGCGAUAGGAUUCCGUGGACCACAUCAUCCCAAAAGCGGAGUAUCGCACCAUCAUUACGCCCCGCAACAAGAUGGUUUGAAAAUAACGCAGGAUACGGAACUGCUUCACGAUGCCAGCCAUUUGAAGGAAGACAUGGGUGCCUUAGCGGAUCAGAUAGAUCUCUCGAAGAUGUCUGACCAAGAACUGGAGUUCUACUACUUUAACGUUCAUGAUAUUGACAAUAACACGAAGCUAGAUGGUUUAGAAAUUCUACAUGCCCUUCUGCAUACUUUGCAUCAGCAUGAAGGGGACGAGAUUGCAAUCGAUGACGCAACAAUGCAGGCCGAUCUGGAGGACGAAUUGCCCAGAAUUAUAGAUCUAAUCGACAAUGCGCUGGAAGAAGACGAUCUAGACAAUGACGGGUACUUGGGUUACAUCGAGUACGUGCAUGGAAGGAAGCGAGAUGAGAACGAGCAGGCAAGAAGAGAUAAGAAGCUGAUAAUAACUUAGUAUGAGGUUUAGAUAUCAAUUUCAAUUAUUUUUGGCAUCCUCAAAUUGGAAACGACCGUUCGAUUGAAAGUACAUAUAAUUCCAGGUAAGUUGCCUCUAACGAAUAUAAACAUGGGGUUGAAAUAUUUUUGAAUUUAAAUGGACCCAGAGGAUCAUGGAUUGAAAAUUUUCAUCUAUGAAAUUGAUAUUGCGCGAGUAAGACAAAAUAGCUGACUCAAUUGUGGUCCAAUAUAAUGGCGAGUUCGCCUUUCGUGAUACAAGUCAAAUUUGAUAUAAUUGGUGUGAACUGAGCGUGUACGGAAGAAAAGUGAAAUUGGAUAGCGCUCCGAUAUAUUUGCGCCGAAAUUUCUCAUCCUGUACGAUAUUGUUGACGCAGUGAUCACCAAUAAAACACUUGUUUUUUUUUUUUGUUACCUUGUUUUAUGUUAUUGAACGUAUACAGGAA